GAAGAACAUAUUAUGAUGAGAAUAUGUUAUCUAGUGAUAAUUUUUGUGCCUUAUUAAUUUAUUUUUGGUGAUUUAAUGCAGCUUAUUAGAAAUACCUAUCUCAACACCAUGGAGGGUAUUUAUAAAGUAAACUUGAUACCGAACGAUCUGAGUGUAGAAGAGACUGUCCUGCAGAUAGCGGACACUCUCGACAACUUGAAUUGCAUCAUCGACGACGUUUUCUCUCGUAUAUCGACGAGAAUCAAUCGGAACAUGGAAAAGACGUCGAAACUUCAGGAGAGGAUAGAGAUUUCGCGAAACAAGGUCGAGAAAAUUGUCGGAAUGCAGAAGGCGAUUAAAGUGUUCUCCAGCGCAAAGUAUCCGUCGUCCAUAGUGCACGAGCACUAUGAGUCCAUUUUCGACACAGACGUCCGUCCAUUCGAACCGCCGAGGAUCAGUUUGAGGGACAAGACUCAGAGGCAGCGCAAUGAAAAGGAAAUACAAGAGAAGCUACAUUUCUUUCACGUCAAAGUGGCCGAGCCUAAAGCGGUUAAGCCCAAACACGAGUACGACCUAAAAUCGGUUGUCAAUAAGGUGGCAUCAGUCGGCGAUCUUCUGAUCUUUAACACCGACGAAAGCGUGUACUUCGGCAGCCAGAAGACCCCGGCCUACGUACCUAAAGUACCGGCGAGCGUGCAGAAGGACGUCCUAGACGAAGCCCCUCCCUCUAUCAUGAAGAAGAAUGUCUUGAAGCGGGAAAUUGACGAGUACAUGUACGCGCCCGGUAUGGGAAUGGUCCCCGAACUGGAUAUGCCCAUGGACCUGCCCCACCUGCCCGGUGUAGCUGGGGAUAUACAAUACCUGUACACUGACGCGGGAUCCAUUGCACCGUCAGCCGUCACCUCCCCGGUGGUGCCCAGCAAUCCCAUACCGGAGCAUAUACCGGAACUACCCGAUCUGCCGGACCUCAGCGCGAAGCUCGACGUCCCGGAUAUACCGGACGCGCCCCCGGUUAUGCCGGACCCGGUGGUGCCGGAGGCGCCGUCUGCUCCCAUCCCGCCCCCACCGCCACCGCCGCCACCGCCAAUGGAACCACAGCAAACCAAAGAAGAGAAGAGGGAGGCCAAGCAGCAGAAAUCGUCUCCUCCCCCCAGCACUGGAGAUGCCCACGCCAGCCUCAUGGCAGCUAUACGUCAGGCAGGUGGCGUCGGCCGGGCUAAACUCAAACCCGCAGCGGAAUCAACACCAGCUGCUAAGGGUAAAGCAGUCAGCGGUGACCUAAUGGCGGACCUCCACGCGCGGCUGUCAAUGCGCAGGCGCGGGAUAUCGGGCGCCGAGCGGGCUGCUGACCGGCCCACUGGCUCCCUCCUACACACCCUGGCCGCCGUCAUCCCCGAGCCGGAGUCCUCCCCGCAGACCUCCAGCGAGGACGACUGGGAAUGAGAGCUGUGGACGCGGUUUAUUUCCAAGUCUUAAUAGGGGGUUAUCCAUAAAGUAGUUAUGUUACAUCUGAAGGUGGGGUGAGAACUGAGGACAUUUUAAAUUUAAUAAAUUGUGACGUCACACAGGUUCUCUCAUAAUUAAUGUGACCAUCAGUGUGACGUAUUUUAUGGAUGGUCCCUAGUUGUAAUUAGGUUUAUAAAUUUUCAUCUGUAUAUGCAUUCACUUUUGAGAAGAGAUGACUGUAUACGAACAAGAAUUGUAGAAUAAUUGCUACAAUAUUAUGCAAGAAAAGGGUUGACAAUCUGGAUAUGGAGAUCUAAAGGGAAGGGAAAUAAAAGAGGGUAGGAAAUUGCUCUACAGCAUCUGGAUUCUCUAGUUCUCUACUACAAACGGAAUGUCUCUUCAAAAUGUCAACGUGUAUACUUUUCACGGAGGAGUACUGACAAUUUUAAAGCUUCUACUUUAAUAUCAUAAUUUCAGGAAAGCGAUUUGAUUUCGCAUUACCCAAGCUUUGAUUUUUAUAAUAUGAAAGAUCAGAAAAACCAACAACCAAGGAGCUUUUAAACUAAUUGUUAAUUAAUAAUUAUACAAUUGAAAAUAAUUAUUAAUUAUCAUCCAAUUAUUUACGCCGAUGUUCAAAAAGGUUGCCAUGAGUAAAAAUGGCGGUUUUUAGUGUUUUCUAUCAACAAAGGUUCCGGGAGGUUAUUACGAUAAUCGCGUUUCUCACUAGCGAGUUGCUUUCGUUUCUCGGAAGGCGGCGCGCAAACACGUCGCGUCGCCCGCGAACUAUCAACUGGUUCGGCCGAUUAGCAUUUCCAGAAUUGAACAAAAAAAAACCUCCUUAAUCUGUCCACAGAUAACCUUCUUGCUGAUGUUUUUUUUAGAUGUCGCAUAAGAUCGAUGGUGUGAUGAUUGAAGGGUUUGUUAAUUGUUAAAAUUAUUAAUUUAAUCAUUAAAUCAAGUUUAAAAAUAAAUAUUAAAUAUUUUUGAAAAGUAAGUAUAUAGUUAUUUUAUGGAAAAUUUUAUGGCUCUAAAAAGAACAAACAAAUAUUCGUAUUGCUCUACAUCUAAAAUUCUGAACAAUCAAAUGCGACACAAAGUCUAUAAAAAUUGAAAAAUUUAAAAAACUUAUUGCUUAUUGUAAUUUGUAAUGAAACCUUUGCUGGUAGGAAUGAUAAUUUCGACUUUCGAGAUUCGUUUUUUUUUAAUUAAAGCGUCUCUUUUCUUGUCGGAAUGACAAAGACUUGGCUUGGUCGGUUUCUAAGGUCAGUUCACAUUGAAACGGGACGCAGCGAUGUGACGCAUUUUCAAUGAGCCAUAGAAAUAUGAUCUUUAUUAACUGCACUUUGAAUUGACACAUAAAUCAUAACCCGCUUGCGGUGUCAGGCUGCCUGUUCAAUGGAUCAAAUAAACAAAUUCGAAUGGCCUAAAUAAAAAUGCAUCGCAACGCCUCGUGACGUCGUGUGAACCGUAACUCGAUGUAAAGUCGCUUAGAGUUUUCUAAUUUACGUCAAUUUGUGAAGGAGACACGUAGUAGGGGCGUCCGUGAUACGCAUUAAAGACAUUUUACUAAUCUGUGGCGAGCCGUUCUGUCGUUUUGUCCCAUUUGUAUGCCGAUUGCUGGCAGCGGGUCUGAUGUGUGGGACAGUUAGUUCUCGCUACGUAGCUGUUUCGUACGUGGAUUAACUAUUAUCCGAUUACUAUCCUCGGCAUAAAGAUGGAAGAUUUGGUACAGAGAGAAGAGAUAGAUAUAUCUAUCGCGUGCAAGAGAGAAAGAGAUAGAUUUGGCUGCACUGCUUUUAUUUUUUUAUUUUAACUCCGUUGACAGAGAAAUCUCUUUUCCUGUAUAUUGCGAUUUUAAUAAUCUUGCAAUAUAUUUGUUAAAUUCAAAUGAUGGGAUGGGACGUUUCAUGAAAACAAAAUAACUGUACCAUUUUUGUCGACAUUGUAAUUUAUAUUAAAUCGAAAUGUUUGCAAAAAGCUUAAGUGAUUUUUAAAAUCGGAUUCGAAAAAUGUACAGUUGCUCAAUAAAAAAUUGUCGAAAAUAUUAAUCAUAAAUCAGAUAAACAUUUUAUUUUAAAACAAGUUGUAAAUCAUGUAUUUUAAUAUUAUGUACAUGUAAAUGGACUUAAAAAAGAUGAACAUAUUUUGACUUUCUAAAAGUAGACUUCGGAUUUUAUGUCGAAGCUUAAAAACAAUAUAAUGUUAAACAAAAACCUACGGAUAGUUAAAACUAAGAAAGAGUAACUGUGUCAAAAAAUUUGUUCCGAUUCUACAAAA